AUGCAGCAGACGUUUCACUUACAUGGUGUGGGGAAAAUUCGGCAUAUGCUGAUGAUGGGCUGGGGUGGAGAGCCAAUUGACGAGGCCGCAUACGAGCAAGGGGCUUACAAGAAAUACUUGAACAAGGCUUUAACCCCAAUUCGGGAUCUCGGCGUCCUGCAUGGAGACCUUUCGGCGGGGCAUAUUCUCUGGAAUGAGGAGCUGAAUCGGCUUAUGCUCAUUGACUUUAAUCGUUGCAGGCUGAGUCUGCCGGACCCCGUGGAGUGGAAGCCGAAGUGGUUGACGGAGUGGGAUUCUCUUGCAAAGGAGGAGAAGGACCAUCAUCGUCAGCAUUGUUCGUUUCAUAGGACUAUGACAUAUAUGCCGGUUGGUUGGAUAUUUAUAUUAGAUCAGUAUGAUGCUUCUCUUGAUUACAACCAUCCUCGAGCUAGUGAUCGACCAAUUCCUCUUGUUCCUAUUGGAGCCACUACCAAUCCAAAGAACGCUAUCGAUAUUUCUACUAGUCCUAUCCACCCGACUAAUAAGAUCAAGCCUUACUUAUUUUCUAUGUUUUGGCAUAUUCAUUCAACCUCAUCCAUUAACUUAUAUGCUUUAGGUUCUUGA